AUGGUAGGAAGUAGUGGGACGGAUUUAUUUGUUGUUGUUGGUGGCGGAUGGUCAGGUUUAUACGCACUUAAAUAUUUAUUAGAAGACGGUCUCCAUGCUGUGCUCUACGAACGUGAACCAUUUAUCGCUGGCAUUUGGCACUACAAGGAUAAGUCGGGUGGGGUCUAUCGUUCAACUCAUGCGACAUCAUCAAAGACAUUUAUGCAUGCCUCUGACUUUCCCAUGCCAGAGAAAACAUGUGAAUUUCCGUCACACGAAGAAAAUCUAAACUAUUUAAAAAGUUAUUGUGAACAUUUUCUGUUAUGGCCACAUAUUUAUUUAGAACAUAAUGUUGUCAAUAUUAGUCACCAAAAUCAAACAUCACAAAAAUGGAUAGUAAGACUAAAAAAUAAUGAGAGAGAAGAGUUUGAACAAAUUUGUGAUGGUGUCGUUAUUUGUUCUGGACAACAUCAGACACCUUCCAUUCCGAAUGAUGAAAUAUUUAAAAAUUUUACGGGGACUUUUUCACAUAGUUUCGACUAUAAAUAUCCAUUACCCGAAUAUUAUAACAAGAAUAUUCUCAUUGUUGGUGGCGGUGAGACAGCAAGUGAUUUAGCCGUUGAGCUGAGUCCAGUAGCUAAGAAAGUUUAUAUGAGUAUCAGAAACGGACAAUGGUUCCAGGACAGAAUAUUGGGGAAUCAGCCAGCUGAUAUUAUGUACACAAUGUUAAUGAGAAUAUGGAGCUACUACGAUAACAUUAAUGUCAAAAUUUAUAAGCGAUGUUUUGUUGUAACGAUGUGGGGACAAGGAGGAACGGGAAUUCCAGAAUGGCAACCGACAAGUAACUUCCUGCAUGGAUUCAUUAAUAAAAGCCGAGAAGUUGUUCAUAAAGUAGCUAUGGGACUUGUGAUACCUAAACGAGCUAUUCUAAAAAUCGAGGAGAAUCUAGUGACGUUUGAGCCCGUUCCAAACCAUGACCGUAAUGAUGAAGAGAGCAAUCUUAAUUCUAAUUCGGUGCGGAUCGAUCAUAUUUUGUAUUGCACCGGCUAUCGUUGGAAUUUUCCAUUUUUUUCGGCUGAAUUAGAGAAGGAGAUAACCGUUGAACGAUUAUAUAAACUUGUAUUUCCGGUAGGAUUGAAGAAAAUUGCUUUUGUUGGUACGGCGAGACCUGUCUUCGGUUCUAUUCCCGCUUUAGCUGAGCUUCAGGCUAGAUGGGUUUCAUAUGUUUUUAAAGGCAAAGUAACACUUCCCACUCAAGCAAAAAUGCUCCGUUCUAUACAUGCGUAUUGGAAGCGACAUCAGCGCCUUUAUCCGCAUGAUCAUAUUCGAAUGAAACAAUUAGUUAAUCUCUUCGAGUUUGCCGAUGUUCUCGGAGAUGAAAUGGGUGUUCGACCAAAUGUUGUCAAACUCUUUUUUCGUCAUCCUUUUAAAUGGUUCAAAAUUUAUUGUGCGAGUCCAUGGUCACCGUUUCUCUUUCGAUUGGGAACGAUUUCAAGCCAGGCGGAAAAACUAGCUUAUCGAAGACAUUUGGAAUGUAUACCAAAACCAUAUCAAUCUUUCCAUCGUUUCAACGAUUUAUUUAUCUGUGCAUGGGCAUCGACCAUCAUAAUUACUGUAACUUGUGUUAUCAUUUUUAUUUUUGUUUUAGCUUUCAAGUUAUAA